AUGGGGUAUGGGCAAAUCCUCCACCGGCGGGGGAAUGAGGAGGACCAGGUCCACCUCAAUGUAGGAGGGGUUCGGCAUGAAGUGGAUCGGGACAUGCUGCUCCGCUUCCCUCACACACGCCUGGCUCAACUGCUGCGCUGCCAAAGCGAGCUGGCGAUCCUGGAGCUGUGUGAUGACUACAGCCCUUCUGAGAAGGAGUUUUACUUUGACAGGAAUCCCCGGGUUUUCCUCGGCGUGCUCAACUUCUAUCACACGGGGCGUAUCCACAUGAUGGAGGAGGUGUGCGUCUUCUCCUUCAGCCAGGAGAUCGAGUACUGGGGAAUCCAGGAGCUCCACCUGAGCCCCUGCUGUAGCUACUGGUACCAUGAGAGGAAGGAGUACAUUGACGACAGAGACUGGGACGUGAGGAGUGACGACCAGCAGCCGCCAAGCUUUCACUCUUCCUUUGAGGAGCUCUCUGCUCUCGAUAAAGACCUGGCAAAGUUCAAAGGUGCCUGGUGUGAAGAAAUUAGGAGCUACAUUUGGCUCCGGCUGGAGGAUCCAGGUCACUCAACAGGUUCAAAGAUCAUCGCCGUGGCCUCCCUCAGCUUGGUAUUGACCUCCAUUGUUGCCAUGUGUGUCCACAGCAUGCCUGAGUUUCAGCAGAUGGAUGAAAACGAUAAACUUAUCGAGGACCCUGUCCUCGCCAUCCUGGAGGUGAUCUGUAUCUCUUGUUUCUCCACCGAGUUCAUCAUUAGGCUGAUUGUUUCGCCGUCCCGCAGGAAGUUCCUCGGAAACCCCUUAAACAUCAUCGAUGUUGCAUCCAUUUUGCCAUUUUACGUCACUUUAGCUCUAGAAACAGCCGACGAGGAGGCUGCAGAGGAAAACGAGGACUUGGAAAACGUUGCAAAGGUGGUGCAGGUUCUGCGCCUCAUGAGGGUUCUCCGAAUCCUCAAACUGGCUCGCCACUCCAUCGGGCUGCGAGCGCUGGGUGCCACUGUCCGCCACAGCUACCAAGAGGUCGGUCUGCUCCUUCUCUUCCUCUCGGUGGGGAUCUCCAUCUUUUCCGCCCUAAUCUACUCUGCAGAGAAAGAAGAGGAGAACACGGAUUUGGGGACAAUCCCUUCGGGCUGGUGGUGGGCCACAAUCACCAUGACCACGGUCGGUUAUGGUGACACCUGCCCGGUAACACUGGCAGGUAAGAUAGUGGCCACCUUGUGUAUUGUCUGUGGCCUGUUAGUGGUGGCUCUGCCCAUCACCAUCAUCUUCAAUAAGUUUUCAAAGUACUAUCAAAGAAACAAAGCCAUGGAGGGACAGGGCAUCCCUAAGCCUGAAAGACAAGACCCUGAGCUCCCUUAUAAUAUCAGAGACCUCUUCACAGGAAGUGUGUACCCCUUUAUGGGAGGCAUCGCCUUCAGGAACAGUGUGAGCAGUGAAGGGGACAAUACAGAUGCCUCCAGUCUCCAGGAUAUAGAGCUGUAUGACAAUGAGACUUGUGAAAAUGGGGCAACAAAAUGA